UUUGGGGCACGAUGUUUUCAUUCGGAACUAAAAGUCAUCUCUCACCCCCAUGUUAACAGAACUGGCGGGAAGGUGAGCAGCAAAGUUUGUGAAGAUCAGAAAUUUUAGUCACUGCACUGCUUUUAUCACAUUAAGGAUGGCCGUUGGUUCAGUUGAUGCUCUCAAUCAGGGUGCUGAGAAGUAUAAAUGUGAUUCCAAUGAUGCAACCUUUCUUAAGUUAGUGAGAAAUGAAGAGGAUGUUUUAAAUGAAGACAAUGCGUUUCACCCAUGGAUGAGUCACCAGAUUUUUGGAGAUAGUGAAACUAUAUUUGGAUAUAAAAACUUGAAAGUAAAUUUGUACUAUCAUGGCGGUAGCUUACUGACAUACCUGAGUAUGUCGUGUGAUGAAAAAAUUCCAUCCUCAAUGAAGAUUAAUCCUGACCCUGUUCUACCAAAUGUUGCGGAAGUGCUACCAGAAGGGUUUUAUUCCAAUCGCGAUGAAUUUAUUGCAAAGUUACCAGAAGAAAAUACCUUUGUACCAAUGGGAAAUAAAAUUCAUUCUUACACUCGUAACGAUGUAGAAUACGAAAUUUAUCAGGCUGAUAUAACUGUACCUCGAUUGAAAGAUUACCAUGCAAGAUUGCAAACAUUUAUACUUUGGUUUAUUGAUGGAGCUUCAUUUAUUGAUUCAGAUGACGAGCGUUGGAAUUAUUUCCUCUUAUUUGAAAAGAAAAAGGGACCAGUGAUGUCCGAGUACAGUAUUGUUGGGUAUAUUACAGUUUAUCAAUAUUUUGCAUACCCAGAUAAAUAUCGACCACGUAUCAGUCAAAUGUUGACACUUCCACCAUAUCAAAAAUCGGGUCAUGGAGUUGAAUUAUUGGAUGCAGUGAACCGAUAUUAUAUUACACAAGCUAAUGCCAUCGAUAUAACUGUUGAAGAACCUUCUGAAUACUUUGUAAGAUGCAGAGAUUUUGUGGACUGUAGAAACUGUUUGAAGCUAAACGAAUUCGCAAAAGAGAAGUUGCUGACUGGAUUUACAAAUGAGAUGAAGAGUGCAGCUUUAAAGUCUUUCAAGAUUACCAAAAAACAAUCUCGAAGAGUGUACGAGAUACUCCGCUUAAAAUGCACUGACCAAUCCAACGUAGAUAUGUAUAGAGACUAUAGGCUGGAUGUCAAAAAUCGACUCAAUAUACCAUUUCAGAAGCAAGCUCGAGAUAUGCAAAAAUUGAAACACGCCCUUUCACCGGAAGAAUACAACGCAGCUAUGGUUGGUCAAACUCACGAUGAACGAAUUCAACGACUUGAUGAAGCGUACAACAUGUUGCAAGAAGAAUACACUAAAGUUAUAACUAGACUGGACGCUUCAUGAGACAAUACAUGCAUUACUUUCACUUGCGUUAUAUUUUCCAGCCUACAUUUUAGUUUCGUUUAAAUUUAUGUUAUUUCUAUCAAUAUAACUGUAUGUAGAUGAAUCUUGAUCGAUCAAGAAAAAAAACCAAUAUACUUUUC